GAAAGCUGCUGUGGCUAGAGACGCACACAGGGAGUUUUGAGAUAUCUGCUCCCUUUCUUCCUUGGUCUUCUCCACAGGAUGGAACAGAGAAAGCUCUGGCCUCGGACAUGGGACUCCGAUGGCUGGUCAGUGGCCUUGGUGUUUCUUUUCUUAGUCUUUUCACAGAAUAUCGACAGCACUCCUGUCUAUAAUACAUUUCACCCUGAGAACCGUGACUGGACUUUCAAUCACUUGACAGUCCAUGAAACCACUGGGGCAGUCUAUGUGGGAGCCAUCAAUCGGGUUUACAAGCUGUCUGGAAACUUGACUGUCUUGGUAGAUCACAAGACAGGACCUGAGGAGGACAACAAGUCCUGCUACCCACCACUUAUUGUGCAACCCUGUACUGAGAUCCUGACUCUGACAAACAAUGUUAAUAAGCUGUUGAUCAUUGAUUACUCAGAAAAUAGGCUGCUGGCCUGUGGGAGUCUCUAUCAAGGAGUCUGCAAAUUGCUGCGCCUGGAUGACCUCUUCAUCUUGGUAGAGCCAUCCCACAAGAAAGAACACUAUCUUUCCAGUGUUAACAAGACUGGCACUAUGUAUGGAGUUAUAGUCCGUUCUGAGGGAGAGGAUGGGAAGCUGUUCAUCGGCACAGCAGUGGAUGGUAAGCAGGAUUACUUUCCCACCCUCUCCAGCCGGAAGCUGCCACGUGACCCCGAAUCCUCAGCUAUGUUGGAUUAUGAGCUCCACAGUGAUUUUGUUUCAUCACUAAUCAAAAUCCCUUCAGAUACACUGGCCUUGGUCUCUCACUUUGACAUCUUCUAUAUCUAUGGAUUUGCCAGUGGAAAUUUUGUUUAUUUUCUGACUGUCCAGCCAGAGACUCCUGAAGGCGUGUCUAUCAAUUCAGCUAGUGAUCUUUUCUAUACAUCUCGGAUUGUGCGUCUCUGCAAGGAUGACCCUAAAUUCCACUCCUAUGUUUCUUUGCCCUUUGGUUGUGUCAAAGGUGAUAUGGAAUAUCGUCUACUACAAGCAGCUUACCUUUCUAAGCCAGGGGAGGUGCUUGCCAGAUCCCUGAAUAUCACUGCCCAGGAUGAUGUCCUUUUUGCCAUUUUUUCCAAAGGACAGAAGCAGUAUCACCAUCCCCCUGAUGACUCUGCUCUUUGCAUCUUUCCCAUCCGUGCUAUCAAUGCCCAAAUUAAGGAACGGCUACAAUCCUGCUACCAGGGGGAAGGCAACUUGGAACUCAACUGGCUGCUAGGGAAAGAUGUUCAAUGUACCAAGGCGCCAGUUCCAAUAGAUGACAACUUCUGUGGAUUGGACAUUAAUCAACCACUGGGAGGCUCCAUACCAGUAGAAGGAGUGACCCUUUACACAUCCAGUCGUGAUCGGAUGACUUCUGUUACAUCGUAUGUCUACAAUGGCUACAGUGUGGUGUUUGUUGGUACCAAGAGUGGCAAGUUAAAGAAAAUCCGAGCAGAUGGGCCUCCUCAUGGUGGUAUUCAAUAUGAAAUGGUGCCAAUUUUCAAGGAUGGGAGUCAUAUCCUCCGUGACAUGGCCUUUUCCACAGAUCAUAAUUACCUCUAUGUCAUGUCAGAAAGACAGGUGUCCCAGAUCCCUGUUGAAUCCUGUGAACAGUAUACAACCUGUGGAGAAUGUCUGAGUUCAGGAGACCCGCACUGUGGCUGGUGUGCUCUGCAUCACACAUGUUCACGGAGGGACAAAUGCGAGCGAGCCAAUGAACCUUUCCGGUUUGCAGCCAGCAUCAACCAGUGCAUGAGUAUCAUUGUUCAACCUAGCAGCAUCCCAGUUUCUGAGCAUAGCCUUCCGCUCAGCUUGCUGGUGAAUGAUGCUCCUGACUUGUCAACUGGCAUAAUAUGUGUAUUUGGAAAUCUCACUGAAGUGGAAGGCCAGGUUCUGGGGAACCAAAUUAUAUGUAUUUCCCCAGCCUCUAAGGAUGUCCCUGCCAUACCUGUGGACCAGGACUGGUUUGGCAUAGAGCUUCUGUUGAAAUCCAGAGAGACAGGCAAGAUGUUUGUCAGCACAGAGUUCAAAUUUUACAACUGCAGUGCCCACCAGCUGUGUCUGUCUUGUGUCAACAGUGCCUUUCGCUGUCACUGGUGUAAAUAUCGAAACCUGUGCACUCAUGAUCCAACAACAUGCUCCUUUCAGGAAGGACGGAUCAAUGUUUCUGAGGACUGCCCACAGUUGUUUCCUACAGAAGAGAUUUUGAUCCCUGUUGGUGAAGUGAAGCCCAUCACACUGAAGGCUAGGAAUUUACCCCAACCACAGUCUGGCCAGCGUGGAUAUGAAUGUGUCCUCAACAUCCAAGGUGUGAUUCAUCGUGUACCAGCUCUUCGCUUCAAUAGCUCAAGUGUGCAGUGCCAGAACAGUUCGUACCUCUAUGAUGGAAUGGACAUAAGUAACUUAGCUGUAGAUUUUGCUGUGGUUUGGAAUGGAAACUUCAUUAUUGACAACCCAGAGGAUAUGAAAGUUCAUCUGUACAAAUGUGCAGCCCAGCGGGAAAGCUGUGGACUGUGCCUGAAAGCAGACCAGAAAUUUGAGUGUGGCUGGUGCACUGGAGAAGGAAAGUGCACUCUACGUCAGCAUUGUCCCUCCCCUAUCGGUGGAUGGGGAAGGUGGCUCGACUGGUCAAGCCGGAAUGUCAAAUGCUCCAAUCCACGCAUCACUGAGAUCCUAACACUGUCAGGUCCACCAGAAGGAGGAACACAAGUGACAAUUCGUGGUGUUAACCUGGGGCUGGAUUUCUCUGAGAUAGCCCACAAUGUACAAGUAGCUGGUGUGGAAUGCACCGCACUAGAGGACCAGUACAUUAUUGCCGAACAAAUUGUGUGUGAAAUGGGGCAAGCUGAGCCUGACAUUAGCUCUGGUCCUGCACUCCUCUGUAUUGGAGAAUGCAAGUCAGAAUUUGUGGCCAAGUCUGCACAGCAUUACACAUUUGUGAAUCCUGCUGUGAGUUAUUUGAGUCCCAGCCGUGGACCAGAGUCAGGAGGGACUAUGGUGACCAUUACUGGCCAUUUUCUGGGAGCUGGCAGCAGUGUGUCGGUAUUGUUGGGUAAUCAGACCUGCGAGUUUUAUGGGAGGUCAAUUAAUGAGAUUAUGUGUGUGUCUGCACCCUCUACCCAUGGUCUUGGACCAGUGCAUGUUUCAGUCAGUGUGGACCGGGCCCAGCUAGAGAGCAUGUUGCAAUUUGAAUACAUUGAUGAUCCAAAAGUUCAGCGGAUUGAGCCUGAAUGGAGCAUAGCCAGUGGUCACACACCUCUCACUGUCACAGGGUCCAACCUGGAUGUUAUACAAGAGCCCAGAAUCCGAGUGAAGUACAAUGGCAAAGAAUCUGUCAAUGUUUGUAAAGUUGUGAAUACUACCACCCUCAGUUGCCUGGCUCCUUCCCUUACACCACAGUAUCGACCAGGUUUGGAUGCUGUUGAACGACCUGAUGAAAUUGGAUUCAUCUUUAACAAUGUUCAAUCCUUGUUGAUUUAUAAUGACACCAAAUUUAUUUAUUAUCCAAACCCUACCUUUGAACUACUGAGUGCUACUGGCAUCUUGGACCAAAAGCCAGGAUCACCCAUUAUCCUGAAGGGUAAAAAUCUGUGCCCACCUGCUUCUGGUGGAGCAAAGCUGAAUUAUACUGUUCUGAUUGGAGAAACUCCCUGUGCUGUCACCGUCUCAGAGACACAGUUACUUUGUGAACCUCCAAAUCUCACCGGGCAACACAAAGUUAUGGUGCAUGUAGGUGGCAUCAUCUUCUCACCUGGCUCGGUGAAUGUGAUCUCCGACAGCCUGCUGACUUUGCCAGCUAUUGUCAGUAUUGCAGCAGGAGGCAGUCUUCUUCUCAUCAUAGUCAUCAUUGUUCUCAUUGCCUACAAGCGCAAGUCUCGUGAAAAUGACCUCACGCUCAAGAGACUUCAGAUGCAGAUGGACAACCUAGAGUCUCGGGUAGCCCUUGAAUGCAAAGAAGCUUUUGCAGAGCUACAGACAGACAUCAAUGAGUUAACCAGUGACCUGGACCGCUCAGGGAUCCCGUAUCUUGAUUAUCGCACAUAUGCCAUGAGAGUCCUCUUCCCUGGCAUUGAAGAUCACCCUGUCCUGCGUGAACUAGAGGUUCAAGGGAAUGGACAGCAGAAUGUUGAAAAAGCCCUGAAGCUCUUUGCCCAGCUACUCAACAAUAAGGUCUUUUUGUUGACUUUUAUCCGUACCCUGGAAUUACAGCGAAGUUUCUCCAUGCGUGACCGUGGCAAUGUGGCUUCCCUCAUCAUGACAGGGCUUCAGGGAAAGCUAGAAUAUGCCACUGAUGUCCUGAAGCAGUUGCUGUCUGACCUGAUUGAGAAGAACCUGGAGAACAAAAACCACCCCAAGCUGCUUCUGCGCAGGACGGAGUCUGUAGCUGAGAAGAUGUUGACUAAUUGGUUUGCUUUCUUACUCCACAAGUUCCUAAAGGAAUGUGCUGGAGAGCCACUCUUCAUGUUGUACUGCGCCAUCAAGCAACAGAUGGAGAAAGGCCCAAUUGAUGCUAUUACAGGGGAAGCACGUUAUUCCCUGAGUGAGGACAAACUGAUCAGGCAGCAGAUUGAGUACAAAACACUAAUCUUGAACUGUGUGAAUCCUGAUAAUGAAAAUAGUCCUGAGAUUCCUGUGAAGGUGCUGAACUGUGAUACUAUCACACAAGUCAAGGAGAAGAUUCUUGAUGCAGUAUAUAAAAAUGUCCCAUACUCACAAAGGCCACGAGCUGUUGACAUGGACUUGGAGUGGCGCCAAGGACGAAUAGCACGUGUGGUACUUCAGGAUGAAGACAUCACAACCAAGAUUGAGGGUGACUGGAAGCGGUUAAACACAUUGAUUCAUUAUCAGGUCUCUGAUCGCUCUGUGGUUGCCCUUGUUCCUAAACAGACAUCUUCUUAUAAUAUUCCUGCUUCUGCCAGCAUAUCGCGGACCUCAAUUAGCAGAUAUGAUUCCACAUUUCGGUACACAGGUAGCCCAGAUAGUCUUCGUUCGAGGGCACCCAUGAUUACUCCUGACCUAGAGAGUGGAGUGAAAGUCUGGCAUUUAGUCAAAAACCAUGACCAUGGUGACCAGAAGGAAGGUGAUCGGGGAAGUAAGAUGGUAUCAGAGAUCUACUUGACACGGCUGCUAGCUACAAAGGGUACGCUGCAGAAGUUUGUGGAUGACCUGUUUGAGACUUUGUUCAGUACUGUGCAUCGAGGCAGCGCUCUCCCACUGGCUAUCAAAUAUAUGUUUGAUUUCCUAGAUGAGCAAGCAGAUAAGCAUGGCAUCCAUGAUACUGAUGUGAGGCAUACCUGGAAGAGCAACUGUCUUCCUCUUCGCUUCUGGGUGAACGUAAUUAAAAAUCCACAGUUCGUCUUUGACAUCCACAAGGGAAGUAUCACUGAUGCCUGCCUCUCAGUCGUAGCUCAGACUUUUAUGGAUUCAUGUUCCACCUCAGAGCAUCGUCUGGGCAAGGAUUCCCCCUCCAAUAAGCUGCUGUAUGCCAAGGAUAUACCCAGCUAUAAAAGUUGGGUAGAAAGGUAUUAUGCAGAUAUUGCAAAACUCCCAGCCAUCAGUGACCAGGACAUGAAUGCCUACCUCGCAGAACAGUCACGUCUACACUAUGUUGAUUUCAACAUGCUGAGUGCACUCAAUGAAAUAUACUCCUAUGUCAGCAAAUACAGUGAGGAGAUCAUUGGGGCUCUAGAGCAGGAUGAGCAGGCGCGCCGGCAGCGCUUGGCAUACAAAGUAGAGCAGCUUAUUGGUGCCAUGUCUAUGGAGAGCUGAAGAAAGGAGCAGGAACUCCUAGGAAAAACAUAAGGAGUGAUUGCAAAGACUUUGGGGAAUUAAGAAGGAAUCCAGCAAGGAGGCCACAAGGAACAUACCUGAAGUACUACAAGAACCUCCAAAAAGAAGCAAAAGUUGCCCCAGAUUCUUAGCUCAAAACUCACCAAAUUCCAGUUGAAAGGAGGAAGGGAAAAAACAGCAGCUGUGCAUCUCAAAUACCAGUUGGAUUUAUCAAGACGUUCAGCAAUUCAUGCUGUAACCUUGAAGGUCUUUGGAAGCUUAGGCUUCUCCAUGACUGCUGCUUUGCAUGAAAGUUGUUUGAUGUAUAUUAAGAGAUAACAAAAACACUAUUUAAAGGUUUUCCUUU